ACCCCACAAAUAAAUUUGCUUUUUUGUCCAUACCCAACUUCCAUUUGUACCUACCACAAUCCAGCGAUAUUUACAACAGUUUCUUUCUUUCUCUGUUAGAUGGUAAUCUUUAUAGGAUUUUUCGUUUAGUAUUUGGUGAUAGUUAUUGUUGUAACUUGUUUUUUGGGUCUCUGUGGUGAAAUUCAAAUAGUACUUUAUGGGGGAGGAGGAGCACGAGAAAGCUGAAUCUAAGGCAGUCUCUCUGCCUACACCAGCUAAAGAGCAUGGACCUGUUAAAGAAGAGAAAGAAGCCUCUUUAAAUGAUGCUGCUAAUGAGAAGAACUUGGUCCCAGUUUCUGAAAACGCUGCAGAUCCAACUGCUGCUGAAAACGUUUCAGGGGGAUCAAAUAACAGAGAUGCUAUCCUUUCAAGGGUUGAAACGGAGAAAAGAUAUGCUCUAAUUAAAGCAUGGGUAGAAAAUGAGAAGGCUAAAGUGGAGAACAAGGCUCACAAAAAACUCUCUGCCAUUGGAUCAUGGGAGACAACCAAGAAAGUAUCAGUGGAGGCAAAAAUAAUGAAGUUUGAGGAAAAACUGGAAAGGAAGAAGGCUGAAUAUGCAGAGAAAAUGAAGAACAAAACAGCCGAACUCCACAAGGCUGCUGAAGAGAAGAAAGCAAUGAUUGAAGCGAAAAAAAGCGAAGAAUGUCUCAAGGUAGAGGAAACCGCAGCGAAAUUCCGAGCAACCGGGUAUACGCCAAAGAAGUUUCUGGGAUGCUUUAGUAGCUAAGAUGUUCUGGAAAAUCCUGAAGAACAGGGGGAAGGGGGGCAUACCAGAGAAGGAUUUUAAAAUUAAGUUUGCUUCGAUUUUGUCUUGUUUGUUGGUCGGUUCUCUAAUUGUCUUCUGAUAUUGUAAAAUUUGGUAACUGGGUGUGCGUGCAACUGUUACAUCACCCAAGUUAUGUCAUGAACCAAGCUUGGGUUUUGAUAUUUCCUUUUGUGUGAGUAGACGUUUCUCCAGUAGAGGAAAACAAAAAUGAAUUAAAAACUA